AUGCAAUCACCAUACCCAAAAGAUUCAUUAUUCUCACCAAAGGAGACAUUCAAGACAUCAAUUCUCUUCUCCAUCAAGGAUGGUGUUGGAGUGUUGAAUGAUUACUUGAGUAUCAUCAAGAAGCACAAUGUCAACAUUAGCAGAAUCGAGUCGAGACCAUCAAAGACCGAGAAGAGUGAUUACGACUUCUUCUUGGACCUCGAUUCAAAGGAAGAAACCUCAACCACAGAAGUAGACACUAUCCUCAAAGAGUUAAAGUCUAAAGGUGUAGAUGUUACAGUUCUCACUGAACAAAAGCAAACAGGUUCAACUACUCCAUGGUUCCCAAGAAAGAUUUCAGACUUGGAUUUAUAUGCCAACAGAUGUUUGGAAAUGGGUUCUGAAUUAAGUUCAGAUCAUCCAGGUGCCACUGAUCAAAAAUACUUGGAAAGAAGAAGAGAAAUUGCUAGAAUUGCUUCUGUCUAUAAAUAUGGAGAAAAGAUACCAAGAGUUGAUUAUUCAAAAGAGGAAGUUGAAACUUGGGGAAUUAUUUACAAGAAUUUAAAGGAUUUGUUAAAGACUCACGCAUGUAAACAACAUGCAUACAUUCUUCCAUUGUUGGAACAAAACUGUGGAUUCUCAGAGACCAACAUUCCUCAACUCCAAGACAUAUCUGACUUUUUGACUGAAUGCACCGGUUUUAGAUUACGUCCUGUCCAAGGUCUCCUCUCUUCCAGAGACUUUUUGAAUGGUUUGGCAUUUAGAGUAUUCCAUGCCACUCAAUACAUUAGACAUCACACCGUACCAUUAUACACUCCCGAACCAGAUAUUUGUCAUGAACUCUUGGGUCACGUACCUCUAUUUGCCGAUCCAGACUUUGCUGAUUUCAGUCAAGAAAUUGGGUUGGCUUCUCUUGGUGCUAGUGAUGAAGAUAUUGAAAGAUUAUCAACUUGUUAUUGGUUUACAGUUGAAUUUGGAUUAUGUAAGGAAGGAGGAGAGAUUAAAGCAUUUGGAGCAGGAUUACUUUCAUCAUUUGGAGAAUUGGAAUAUUGUAUAAGUGACAAGAAUGAAAAAAGACCAUUUGAUCCAUUUGAAACCUGUAAACAAAGUUAUCCAAUCACUACAUACCAACCAAUCUAUUAUGUUGCCGAUAGUUUCCAAUCUGCCAAAGACAAGAUGAAACAAUUUGCAGAGAGUUUGGAAAAGCCAUUCUCUCUCCGUUACAACCCAUACACCCUCAGCAUUGAAAUUCUAGACAGUCGUGACAAACUCGUCGGACUUGCAAACAAUAUCAAGAGUCAAACUACCAAUUUGAUUUCUGCUCUUUCAAAAUUGAAAUCAUUAGAUUAA